AAGGAUGCUGCCCCCCUCCCUGAGUACCUACUAUAUAAAGUGACUGAGGGCAGAGAGGAGAGAUCAACAGAGGCAUCCUUCAGACUCUCACAUCUCUACAGAGCACACAGCACAGACAUGACUGCAGUUCCUGCCAUCAGAAUCCUGCCCAUUGGGUUCCUGGCUAACCUGCUGCUCUUCUCCUUCAUCUCGCUCUCCGUUUGCGUGGAGUUCACAGAGGAAACUGGAAAAUUAGGCAAAAUCAACGUGCUUCAGAGAGCAGGGAAUCAGUGGGCAAUUGGACACUUUAUGGGUAAGAAGAGCCUGCAAGACACGUACAGAUUAGGAGAACAAGAUAUGGAAGAGGCAGCCAUCUUUCCACCACGCUCUAUGGAGAACAUGAGAGCCACUCUACUACAAGAGCAGCGAAGAUCACUAUCACCCAGCCAGAUGCAAGGAGCACAGCGGAUACUUAAGAAGAUUCUGGAGCAGUAUUUUAACAUGUCCCGGAAGUAAAGAAGAUAUUUAUUUUCCUGUACAUAUAAAAUAAAUCAAAGUAAAUAUAUAUAUUUGUGCCUGAGAUACGAAAUUUGUUUCAGACAUUCCAAAGGUUAUUGUUUACAAAUAAAAAGAAAAUACUAAUGAAAA